AUGCUUAUAUUUAAAUUAUUAUUACUGUCUAUACUAGUUGUGUCAUGCGAUAAACCAAAGUUAAGAAUAAUAGGGGGAGAAGAAUGUAAAAGAAGCUACCCAUUUAUGGUUUCGAUUAGAAAAAGAAACAUACAUCAUUGUGCGGGAACUUUAAUAGCACCCAAAUGGGUUCUAACUGCUGCACAUUGUGUUAGCAAAAAUUAUUUACAGACAGCUGUUAUUGGCAGUAAUUAUUUAGUUCCCAAAUUUGAUGAUAUUUUUAUGGAUGUAAGUAUCAUAAACCAUAGGACACAUCCAAAUUUUAAUGAAGUUAAUUUUGCAAAUGAUAUAGCAGUUAUGGAACUUGCAGAACCAGUGCGUCUUCCAUCGUUCGUACAGUUGCCCAAUAAAUUUUUAUCUGAAAAUAUACAAACAUAUUAUCAGAAGGCGUUAGUUAUGGGUUGGGGAGCGGAAACGGAAGGUUCUAAUGAUAGAAGCCCUGUACUGCGUUGUGUGUAUUUAUCUCUUAUUACUAUUGACGAAUGUCGAUUAUAUUAUCCUCAAAAUCUGAUCAAAACAACUCAUAUAUGUUCUUUAAGUAAAAAUCGUGAUGCGUGUCAAGGAGAUUCUGGAGGUCCGCUUCUUAGUGAUGACAUUCAAUAUGGUAUUGUAUCAUGGGGAUGGGGUUGUGGCAGAUAUCCUGGAGUUUACACCAAAGUGUAUCAUUUUCUGCACUUUAUUGAAGAAGCAAUAAAAAACGAUGCAAAAAAUAAAUGUAAUAAUAGUGUAGUAAUCUUUUUUGAUGCUGCUACUGAAGUAAAAUUAUUGCAGUGGUUCAACGAGAUUGAUGAUGAUAUAAAUCCACUAGAAGAUGAAUCAGAACCUGAUCCCUUCAGUGAUGAUGGAUAA